AUGAAGUAUCUGAAAUCUGGUUCCGAGAAAGAGCUGUCAUUGAGGGGGGAUGAAGAUUGCGUGGUUAACUUGACUUCCUCCUGGUACAUAGAUUGCCAAGGCAAACCGAUGAACUUUCUCCCGACACAACGGUUUAAUAUAACCAGAUCAGAUAUAGAUGAACCGCUAAGUCUUGAGGUGCAAAUAAGACUUUACUAAAUAGCUGUAUCGUUAUAGAUCAGCUUCUUUCUUUAAAAACGAUAUCUCAAUUUACCAGCCAAUAAUCAGACACGUAGUUAUAAGGGCCAAUUUAGGCCAUAUUUUGGGAAAUUUCGUCACUUUCGUUGAUCGCAUGAUAUUAAAGAUUUUAGGAGGACAGCUUUCAAUUAUAUGCAAGGGUGCUUACAGUAUUGAACCACCGGGGACACCCAACGAGAAUAUAGUUCAAAACCACUAAACAUCUCAAAUCUUUUUCCGAACAGAUAUUUUGCGAAAAUUGACGUUGGGUGCCCCUGAACCACUCAGUUCAUAUCGAAGUAUUUCAUGUCUUAUCAUUAACAUACAUCAUCUUAAUUUUUAUUUAUGGGAAUUCCAGUCAACAAAUCGAGUUGGAGAUACUCUUAGGUUACAAAUCAAGUGAUUUGCAAAAAGCUACAACAAACGAUGAAAACAAAGACUAGUUAAUUGGAAACUAUAAAUAGAAACUUAUGUUUGCAUCAUAUGCCUGUGUUUGCAUAGAAAACAGUGCCAAUUAUACCAUAAUAAGUGUGAAUGAUAUUUUUAGUUUUGCUGUGUAAGCCCUUGCUUUUGAAAUUUACAGUUUCCCAGUGCGCAAGUAAAUUCCAGUUGUUAUUAUUAUUUUCUAAUUUACCCCGUUCUUUGUCCUUCUUUUUUUGGGACGUAGUUUUCUUCUUUGUUUUCGCGUUAAUUUAUGUCACGUUCAUUUCAAAUGCGGCCAGUACACCUAUCUGUAUUUCCUAAAUAACGUAGCUGGAAAACUAGAGGUUAAAGUACAUCCUGCUUAACGAAAGGGAAUUGUGCAUUUUUUGCAAGCAAUUCGAGGAAACACUCUUUAAAAAUUUACCUUGGGUUGUUUUCCUAUCUCAUUUGCGUUGUGAUUAACUGUGCUUACGCAAAUUGCGGGUAGUUCCUCCUAAAAUGACUGUUGUUUUUCACUAAAUGGAGAUGAAAGCAAUUGUAGAAUCGCACACGUAUUAGAUAUCCUACCUAUAAACAUCACUUAUGCCACUAUAUUUAUUUCCAUCAACAGCGAUUUGCCCUCUGGCCCCUUUGAAUUUCUAGAUAGAUCAGAAUUCUUAAUAGAAUGGAACGGAUAUGAAUCCUGGUCACUAAACUCUAUCUAUCUGCACGGUUACUUAAUUAUCUUAAAAAUUUGUUCCUUUAGGUAGACUUGCCUGAAAAUGAUCCCUUGACAGUUAAGUUGACGGGAAGAAUCGUUAACUUGGGAAUUACGUGCACUCUACCAAACAAUGCAAAGGAACACCGUUGUCUGCUGUUCAAGCUUGAAGGAAAAACAGAAUGUAAGUUUUAUUCAGACCAAGAGAGGAUAAAUCCUCUCUUGUUCAGACGUACCUGCACCAAAAACGAAGAAGGCUUCAAAGUAUAAUUGUCUUCAUCCAGGGCCGGUUAUCUUUGGUAUCAGCAAUAGUAGCUUAGCCAUUAGUUACUCAGAGGCCGUGAUAGGCUUUUAUUUCGUCUCGAGUUUGGUGCCUCUCACUGGAAUGUGGUUUAUAGAGAGUCAAUUAUCAACAAAUUUGCUCGUGUGACGACAGCAAAGUAUUCCAUAUGCGGAUACAAAAGUAAGAAACAUCCAUAACGCCAUUACGGGGGCGGGGGGUGGGGGGAGAGAAAGGGGGACGGGACGGCUUUAUUUCAGAUCGGUGAGCUAAAACCAAUAUCCUCUGACAAAAGGGAACAUGUUACAGCAUGUUGAGAAGAGGUUUAAAAACUCGUUAUGAAAUUAAACCUUCCACUUACAUUUGAGACAUGUGAGCAAGACUCGGUGAUAAACAGCAGAGUAAAAAAGGAAGAACUUAUCGGUAGCUUUCAGUUUAAGUGGGACGCGAUUCAAUUGUAAUCUGCCAUCUAAAUCGUUUCAACCACGAAUAUGGGACUGUAAAUUAUACAGCAGGCAAUUAUAGUCCUCGAUGAAUUGAUGACUUUUCUCUCCCAUUAUUCGAAAACUUCAGAACUCGGCCUCAAGAGGCCGACAUAUGAAAGACGUUUUUUUAUUUUUAUUUUUAGGUCCAGUCUUUGUACCCGAGACUACAGAGACAGUCACUGCAAUGACUGACUUAGCUGUAACAAUAACUGAAUCCACUCAGCUGGAGUCUACUACUUCUCUGUCACCUUCUGAGGUAAAGUCGACAAAGUCAACCAUUCAUAACUGAACCCGGCCCUAGCGUCAAAGUUAUAUUUUCUGCCCAAAUAAUGCGGACAUCCCUGUGUCAAAGACACUUUGUUGCCCAUGUUGACGUUCAAGAAUACGUUUAUUAGUUGGUAGAAGAGCGGGACUGUCUGUUGAGCGGGAGGACGUAUUAUGCGGGACUAUCAAACAGUUUCUUUCAAAAUCUGGUACGAUCUUGUUAGUUGUGAGGAAAACUUUGCAUCAGUUUAGAUGAUCUUGUCAUCAGAAGGUUACGUUACGCCGUUGGCCCUGUCACCCUCAUUCUAGAAUGGGACAUAAAAUAACCUAUGAAAUGUUCUAGAGGGGUAGGGGACGCAGAUCGUGGUUUCAUGGUCAAACUGUCAUGUACCCUUAAAAGGCUAUAAGAAAAAUUCUUAUACUAACAGCAAAUGGUGUUACCCCCGAUAUGUCCUUUAUCUGAAGUGUGUUUUGUGGCCUUUUGAGUAAUGACGAGCUGUCUGUUUAGAGAAACAGUGAAUUCUUUCAAUGGAAGAAGGUGUUUGACAUUCCUGGUCAUUUGUAGAAUAUGGUGUAAAGUUUGCCUUCAUGUUCUUUUUCAGGUUCUUCCUGGUCCCAAUUCUGCUGCAGAUCGAAAAGGCAAUGGUGGAACUUCUCGUUUAUCCGUGGGUCUCAUCGCUGGAAUCAGCUGCUGUCUAAUUUUUAUUUUCAUUGUUGGGUUCCUUCUUUAUCGAUGGAAAUGCAAAAGGUAGCUCAAGUGACAACACUAAUAAUUGAUAUCCUUUAUUUGGUUUGCGUUUGGACUCACUAAAAUUUAGCUUUUUAUUUCAAAUCAGAAAACAGGCUGAUUACAGUCACCCGGUCCUCAGAGAUCAAGCAGGGCAAACAAGUCAACCAAAUUUCCAAUCGGGUGAACAAAAUGCAGCCUAUGCCACAAUAAGCAACAGUGGAUCCAGUAAGUAUGACAAGAGAGCAGAAUUGUUAAUAAAAUCGCCAAUGUCUUAUAAUCCAAUCCCCUCAGAGCUUUUCAGGGAGAAUUUACAACAGUGAGAGACUUUUUCCAGACUGCUUAUAGUGCAGUUUUCAAGUAAUGAAGGGAUGCGUAAUGACGCCCCCUGUGUAAUGGUGAAUUCAAGCUACUUCAACGGAGCAAACUAUCAAGGAAGUUUUCUACGAACUCUGUUAAUAGCAAUAGCUGAGAUGAUACAAGUAACUAAAUUUAUUAUUCAUUCAAAAUAUUUCCCCAAUUCUGAUUGGCUAAAAACACAUGUUUAAUUAACCAUAACCAGUUACUGAUGACCAAAUUUGGAGGAAUUUUGACUUUAACGAGGAAAUGACGUCAAAAAUGCAGCGUUUUCGCAGGUUAAGGCACCGUUAACCGAGAAGACCUGGGGACGAGGUUGAGUUGUUUUGGUUGUGAAAUUAAAAAAAUGGCGGACAUUUCACUCGUUUCAAGAAUAAGAACUAGGCGAAAAAAUAGCUAAAAACACGGCAAGAACAGCAAGAAGACAACUCGAAGGGCGACAUCUGCUAUUUGGAGAAUAUUUGCGGAGCUAGACAAACCUAAACGUACACUAUCGAAGAUGAACUGAACAUCGAUGGAUCGAUGGAGGUAAGCAUGUUUUAGCUAUGUUUUUAAACUUGGACUUAUUUUGAAUGAAUAAUAAAACAGUUAUUGAAUUCGGCUUUCGUAUCAUAUGAAGAAUUAUGGAGAUCUUGGAGGGUGUUAUCCGCCUCGGCCUAAGGCCUCGACGGAUAACACCCUCCUCGAUCUCCAUAAUUCUUCAUAAGAUACUCAGCCUCAUUCAUUAACUGUUAAAUAAUAUUAACUGGUAUUUUAAUUCUUUUCCAGCGUUAUAUGCUUCAAACUAUAAGGUCCCCAGUGGCGCCACAAAUAACACUACCUUGAGUUCCGUAAGGGUCCCCAUUGCAAAUACAGAUUGUACAGAAGACCAAUAUGAGAGUAUUUCCAAUGAAAGCCUCCAGAUUGACGCUCCAUUUGGUACGGAAAAGGGUCCUGUGUAUAAUACUGUUGAGCCCCAUAGUACAGAGACAUCAGGUGGCCCAUAUGAAUAUGUUCCUACUGCAGAUUACCAGCGAGUCACACCAUUGGGCGGAAUGGCGCAGCCGGUAUACAACAUAUUGGAGCCGUUCAGUGCAGCCACCUCAAACGGAACAUUUGAAUGUGUUCCUAUUGAAGAACACCUAAAAAAGGCUCCACCAGGUGAAUUGGAAGCACCCGUGUACAACAUUUUGGAGCCCCCCGGAGCGGACGGACCCUACGAAUAUGUUCCUACGGAAGAAUACCAGAACAAAACACCUCUGGGCGCUUUUGAGCAACGGGAAUACAACUUUGUUGAGCCCUUACGUACGAAACACAUCGAUGAUAAGCCUGGCCAUGGCCCAGAUAAAUCUAUUUCUACAACCCCUCUUAGCCUGGAGCAAAGUGUUUAUAGCCUAAUCGAGGACAUUAAUCCAGGUAAUUAUCAAGGUGAAACGCAAGAUUCCGUGUAUGACGUGCUGAAAAAGCCACUAUCGGAUGGUGCUGAAGCUGUUGAUCGACUUGGUGUCGGCGGUCAGCAAGACCAUCUGUACAAUGUUCUUCAUAGAGGUCCCUCAUCUGCAGGGAACAGGCACUUGUGA